AUGAGUCGGUCCUGUCUGGAGGCCGCCCUGCACAACCCCGUCCACUGCUCCUUGUUGGGCUUCUCCGCUGCCAGCACCUCCCUACCUCAAGGCUACCUCUGGGUGGCCAGCGGCGGUGAAGGGGCCCAGGGCCAGCUGGAGAUCUUCUCCCUCAACAGGCCCACCCCGCGGGCGGUGAAGAGCCUCCCGCUGGGCUGCCGGCCCCUGUGCCUGGAGUACGUCCCGGAGCCCGUCCCGCCGGAGGACUCCGACGGAGGACCGGCCCCCCCCGGCCACCCCGGGGCCCCCGGGGCCGGCAACACCAUCUGCGUGGGGCUGGACGACGGCAGUAUCCUGGUGUAUGGCAGCGUGGACACCGCGGCCCAGUGCCUGCUGACCCUGCCCCACCCGGGGGGCGGAGCCGUGCUGUGCAUCAAGCACGCCUCCCACUUCCUGUUUGCCGGCCUGCGCUCGGGCUCAGUGCUGGUGUACGGACGCAGCGAAGGAGGUGACCUGUGGAACCCAGAGAGCCGGAGGUCGGUGGGGCUGGGCUCGGAGCCGGUCCGCGCCCUUCUGGUCCUGGAGGAACUGGUCUGGGCCAGCAGUGGGAACUCUGUGAUGGUCAUCGAUGGCUCCAGCCUCUCCACACAGCGGUUCGAGGUGCACCCGGACCCCCUGGUGAGCGUGGCCCACAUGGUGCGGGCGGGGGGCGGCGUGUGGAUGGCCUUCUCCGAGGGCUCCUCCAUCCGCCUCUUCCACACCGAGACCCUGGAGCACCUGCAGGAGAUCAACAUCUCCACCCGCUCCACGCUGCUCAGCGGGCCAGGCCAGCAGAGCCUGCGGGUCUCCAGCCUCCUCCUCUGCCAGGGGCUGCUGUGGGUGGGCACGGCCCAGGGGAGCAUCAUCACGCUGCCCGUCCCCAAGCUGGAAGGCAUCCCCAAAAUAACAGGUAAGGGCAUGGUGUCCCUGAACGCUCACUGCGGGCCGGUGGACUUCCUGCUGGCCUCCAGCAGCAGUCUGGCCCCCCAGCUGCUGAAGAGGGACUCCCUCCCCGAGGGGCCCGACUCGGCCUUCGGGGGCGACGGGGGCAGCGACUCCGCCUCCUCCCAGGAGUCCCUGCCGCCCCCGGGGGGGGGCCCCCUCCAGGCUGGGGGCCGCGGCGUGCUGCUGCAGUACCGACUGCGCUCCACCUCGGGGCUGCCCGGCCGGCCCCUCACGGCGCUGGGGGGGGGCUCCGCCUCGUCCCUGGAGUCCCUGGAGCACAGCCUGGAGGACGGCUCCAUCUACGAGCCCACCGACGACCCCGAGAUGUGGGUGCGGGGGCGGGGCUCCGCGCGGGAGGGGGGGCGGCGCGACCGCGUGACCUCGGCCGCCGUGGUCUCCGGGGGGCGGGGCUUCCGCCGGCUCAGGGAGGGCGGAGCCCACGGUACGAGGACGGCCGGGGGGGGGGGCGGCGAGAACACCCUGAUGGUGUGGCAGCUGCCGUUGACUGUGUGA